AUGGGGCGAAAGAAGAAGAAGCAUCAUCACAAGAACCAGGAAAAGUCCAAGUCUCGCCGCACGAAACACUCGACGGCAUCGCCGGCGCAGUUGGUGGAGGAGCAGCAGAAGUCUCCAGACACUACGCAGAAGGCGCACAACACGGACGAGAUGCAGGUGCAGUGGGCAUCCGACCAAACGCGGGUGCUGUCUUCCGCGGAUCACACGCCAGUGGCGUCGACUCCCAACAUCGAGAGAACCACUACGGCGGUCCACACGGCACAAGGCGUGGCGAGCCUGGCCGAGGCCACUGCCAGCACCCCUCCCUUUCCAAGGACACGCGAGUUGUCGAGGAAGGCAAGCAAGUCAUCCAGGAUUUCCAGGGCUUCCAAGACUUCCAAGGCCUCCAAGUCGUCCACGCACGGCGUGUCUUGGGGUAAGGUGCAGAUGAAAGACGCGCGUACCCCGGUGGACCGUGUGACGCCGCCGUCUCAUUGGUCGGAAGUCGGCGCGGGACUCGAAGAUGCGGAGUCGGACCAGCACGCCAAAGAGAUCGACGAAGCUGUAGAGCGAAGACUGGUGACGAUGUUCAAGCGGCAGCUCAAGGGGUUCCUACUUCCGCCGAAAAUACGGCAAGGUCUUCUGUACCCUUUAGACGACGAAGAACAACGCAUUCUGGACGGUAUGCCCAUUCGACAGGAGCGUAGCGUCCCGUGGAUGAUACACCCGAAGACCACCUUCAGGAACGCGUGGGACUUGUGCAUGGUAGUGAUGAGCUUCGCCAGCGUCAUCCUCGUGCCUCUGAACAUCGCCUACUUUGAGAGGGCGCAGCAGGAGCGAUUCGAAUGGCGCAUCUUCAACAUCGCCUCCGACAUGCUCUUCUUCGUGGACGUCAUCUUCAACUUCAGAACAGGCAUUGCCAUGAAAGAAGAACACGGCCGCAUCAACAUGGAUCCGGACUACGUGGCGGCACAAUACCGGCGCGGCUGUUUUUACGUGGACUCGUUCUGCUGCCUGCCGCUGGACUACACUGCCAUGGUUGCGCUGCACACGGGCGACGGGGCCGCUGACCCAUCCACCACGUCGGCAUACCCCAGCAUCCUGCGCGUCAACAAACUGCUGGCACUGCCGAAAAUUGGUCGGCUCACCACCGUGAUCAGGAACAUAGCCGGCGUCGAGGAAAACUUCUUCGUGUAUUCCAAAGGAGCGUACGUGCGUCUGCUGUUCAAUUUGGGCAUGCUGUUCCUCCUCAUCCACUGGCACGGUUGCCUGCAGUACUACGUAGACCGCCUGGAAGGGUUUCCCACCAAAUCCUGGGUGGCGCGUCUCAGUUUGGCGAAUGCGUCGUGGCCCGUGCAGUACUCGUGGUCGGUGUACGGCUCGACGUCCAUGAUGCUGGGCGUCGGCAUGGGCGCCACCGAGGCGGACAGCAUGACCGACUCGUGGCUCCGCUGCGGCUGCAUGGCCACGGGUCACGCCCUGCAAGCGCUGCUGGUCGGCGCCUGCAUCGACAUGAUCAUGUCCAUGAACUUCACCUACCUCAGGAACAGGCAAAGGAUACGCGACCUGGAUGACUAUAUGCAGUACAAGAUGCUGCCGAUAAAUCUGCGGCGCCGUAUACGGGACUACGCCGAGAACCGCUUCAAGGGGCUCGUCUUCGACGAAAACCAGAUCAUCAAGUCGCUGUCGGAUCCCCUACGGGAGGUGCGUGGAAUAUGA